AUGGACCCCGACACAUUCUUUGCACCAAUCAGUCACAUCCUCCCACCACUUUCUUUGCGCGGUGUUCCGAUACACCCGGACAUUCCAUUUCCCGAAUUCUAUCCAAUCUUAAUGGAUUACCGUUUUCCGGUGGUAUUCUCCUUUUUAUACGCGUCUUUCGUCUCGUUCCUAAAUCCGAAAUCAAAUAAUGUUUCGAGGAUGGUCGCAAAACAGAAGGGACUGAAACAAACGAGUGUUAGCAAGAAGAGCGGAAAAUUGAUGACCUCCUUUGUAUUUUUCCAUAAUCUGGCCUUAUGCUUUUUUUCGGUUGUCACUUUUCUGUCGGUUGCACCGACUUUUCUCAAGAGUUUUUACAAGCAUCGCGACAACUUCUUGGACGCGUAUUGUGACCGAGAUGGCUGCUUUUGGAAUGAUGCUCUCGCCUAUUGGGACUACGAGAUAAUCGAUACCUUAAUAAUACUUCUAAAGGGACGUCGCUCAUCUUUACUACAAACUUACCAUCACUCCGGUGCAAUGAUAACGAUGUGGGCUGGUAUGAAUUUUAAGGCCGCCCCCAUCUGGAUUUUCGUAGUGUUCAACUCUUUCAUCCAUUCCAUUAUGUACGCUUACUAUGCCCUAACUAGCAUCGGUUUCAAUCCACCUGGCAAACAAUAUCUGACCAGAAUGCAAAUCACUCAGUUCCUCGUGGGCACUUCCCUUGCUAUUAGCUAUCUGUUUUUGGAUGAUUGUUUGAUUAACAGAGGUCAAGUGUUGGGCACCUACAUCAACCUUGCUUACCUGUUUCCCCUGAUUUAUCUAUUUGUGGAUUUUGCGAGAAAUAUGUAUAGUAAAAGUGCUGUUCGUCGUGUUGGCAGCACUGGCGUGGCAAAGAAAGAAUCCAUGUGA